AUGGGGUAUGUUUUUAAUAUGUUUCCCAACUUAGUCGAGAAUUGCAAAGCUGACCCUGAAUGUCAAUACAAAAAUAUAAUCGGGAAAAAUGUUUGUUGGGGAUAUGAGUUUGAUUGCAAAAAGAAUUCAUCAUACCACGUGAGACCUCGUUGCCCUGGUGACCAUAGGGGCUGGGUCAAAACCAAAGAGGCCCAAUAUGAUACAUUUUACACGCAAGCAGAUUUUGGCUAUGUGAAAGAUCAAAUAGAAGAAUUACAAGUUAUGUGUGAAGCUUCUUAUCUUCAUGACAGCUCUUUAGAAUGUUCAAAAUAUUUAAGAUUUUGCCGAGGUAGAAAUAUAAUGCUGAACUUUACGGGGUUGAUUGGCCGAGGUGAUAACUUGCGCUAUAAAAUGGAUAUUCUGGCUGAUGGACAAAUUGGUGGAUAUUGUAACCUGUAUAAGGAAAGGCUUAAGGAGGAAGCGGAACAUAUGAGCGCUCUACAAUCGUGGGCUCCUGAAAUGGUAAACUUUGUGAAAACGUCAUACAGACCAAUCUAUGACGAUGUCUGUGAUAUUGUCAUUGAAAAACCAACAUAUAUAAUGAAACUUGAUGCCACAGUGAAUAUGUAUCAUCAUUUCUGUGAUUUCUUCAACUUGUACGCAUCACUUCACGUCAAUUCCACUCAUCCUUCUACUUUCUCAAGAGACAAUCACAUUCUUAUCUGGGAGACUUUUACGUAUGAUUCUGCCUUUAAGGAUGCGUUCAAAGCGUUUACGAAGAAUAGUAUUUGGGAUUUGAAAAAGUUCAGGGGAAAAGUAGCAUGCUUUCGUAAUGUUGUAUUUCCCCUAUUGCCAAGAAUGAUAUUUGGUUUAUUCUAUAAUACUCCGUUGAUAUAUGGCUGUGAGAGGAGUGGCCUAUUCCACGCAUUUUCAAAGCAUAUUUUACACUCGUUAAAUAUAAAACCACAUGUUCGAACCAACGAUAAGAUAAGAGUGACAUUACUGUCUAGGGGCACCACAUACAGAACAAUACUCAAUGAAAAUAAAAUUGUCGAAGCUUUAAUGAAAGUAAAAGGGUACCACGUCCAGCGUGUUGUAUACGACAAAACCGUGCCAUUUGUUAAACAAUUGGAAAUAACUCACAACACUGAUGUAUUUAUUGGGAUGCAUGGUGCUGGUUUGACUCAUCUUCUAUUUUUACCUGAUUGGGCUGCUAUAUUUGAGGUGUACAACUGUGAGGAUCCUAACUGUUAUUCAGAUUUGGCUAGAUUGCGGGGCCUUAAAUAUGUCACCUGGGAGGAUAAAAACAAAUUCGAACAGCAAGAUGAGGGUCACGGGCCAGGUGGUGCGUCUCACGCCAAAUUCACCAAUUAUUCGUUCGAUGUCGAAGAGUUUUUAAGACUUGUAGAGGUCUGUGCAUUAUACGUGCGUUCACGCCAGGACUUCAAGAAUUUCAUCGAAGCGUCUGCGUUACAAAAGUUGCAUGAAGAACUU